AUGGUCGAAAAACAAGACAAACCGCUGGUUGUGGAUACAGUUUUGACUAUGGCUACACCAAUUCUACUACGGCGAAUUAUAAUUAUGUCAAUAUUAGUUGAGUCACAGUCACAGAUAAGACCGAAGAGCUACAAGAGGUUCCAUGACAACAUGACAGGUAACUAUUUGAGAUGCACUGACGACGCGAAUGCGUGUAGCAGAUGAAGUAGCUCAGUGGUUUCAUGUUACACAUUCUUUUCUUUGAUGUGUUCCGUGUGUCAUAAAAGUUUACGCGCCAGCUCUCCUUCAAUAAUGUGCCGUGCUUUUAAUAGCAUGUGAGAUACUUAAAAUAUCACAAUAUUUGUCUUUCACCAUUUCUAACAUUCUUCUCUUCCAUGCUGAGGGAGCCGAAGGGAGCGAUGGACGAGUUUUUACACAAACAUACAGAGUGACAGAGAGUACAACGGUUGCGCAACUGCGCAGUGACGCGUGCGACUAUUGGGGAGUCAGUACUAGUGAUUUCGUCUUGCGUGCCUGUAGCCACAACGCAAAAAUGCAGGAAGGUAUGCGGGUGUCGCAAUGCUUCCGCCCCGGCGAGCUCUCGCAACUUAAUCUGAUACAGAAGUUAUGACGGUGACACAGAGGUCAUGCCUAGUUUUGGAAAGAUGAACUAAAAAAAAAAGUAGUCAAGAAAGGCUGGUUGUGCCUGAUAUAAACUUUGGAAUGAUGAAAGUGAGUAGUGAAAGGCUAGGAGAAAAACGCUGAUGUCAAACGGACAUGCAGUGCGAACAUGAUAGUUGUUUCCACGCGAUAUAAUCCUUGCAAUGACUGAAUUCUAUUUGUUUCUUUGUUUCCUCACUGGUUGUUGAACUUUCUUAUGUCUUCGCUUCGCAGCAAGGAUAGUAAACAAAAAUCCGUUUACUUGUAGUUUUCCCCGCCUUCUAAUUAACGACCCGAAGAAUAUUUUUGUGACCGACCCAGAGCGACGAGCAUGCAUGCCAAAAAAAGGGCGCGGCGCGUCUGCGGCUGGAGGCGCAAAAGAGGAUGCGAAAGAAAAGAAAAACGACGACGCUGGAGGAUACAAAAAAGAAGUACCAUUCUUGGAGCAGAUCAAUCAAUUCCCGGGACUUAGGGAGACCCUACUACAGAAAGAUGUAUGGACACAGACUGCAAUGAAAACUUAUAGAGACAACUCCUCCAAGAGGACGGAGAGUACAUAACUUGGUCUCUGUCAACAUCAUUGAUGACGGCUUGCUCUAAAUUCGCUUUUUUCUUCCAUUGAAUUAAUCGGGGUGUUACUAGAGGCACGAUGAAGGUGAUGAUCAUGAUGAUCAUGAUGCUGGCGACUUUUAUCAUCAACGUCCAUGGCUUUAAUAAUCCUGUCAGUGCGCAACGAACCCGAAAAGUUUCGAGAUUGCUGUGGCUGGCUGAUCUGCUUCUUUCUUACGUUAGCACUGGUUCUCUGUCGUUACGAGUGGGGUAUCGAGUUCUACCUCACGGACACCAUGCGAGGCCAGCUGAUAGAGCGACUCCACUUCUUUAUGGACGUUCGCUUCGUCUACAGGGAGAGACUCACCUAAAGAAAGUAGCCGGCGGCUGACUUUAUUUCGUCUUACUCCCUUCAUCCAAUACCUGAUGUUUUUGUUUACCAUAGUCGGCUAUGAUUCCUGCCUCGAAUUGUUCCCGACGGCCAAAUUGUACACCUGAGAUUUAGUAGAUUAUAUAUCGUACUCUGUAGUUUCAUAUGCGACCGUCCUAAUGAAAACCAUAGGCGUAAGUACCCCUGUUGCACUCUGGUACCUCAUGAUUGAGCCUAACCGUAACUUCUACCCCUAUGCGUUGUAUUCUUAUGCCCAUAUUUUCAUAGUCACAACCAGCGUGAUUUCUGCUGAUGAUUACUACGCUUUUUUGGAAAGGCUGGAGGAAGAACUGACUUAUGGCGACGUGUGGAAUCACUUUACGGUACCAAUAGGCUACUUACGCCUGAGGCAGCAGCGCGUGCUCGACGCCGUGCGGGGAGGGGAAGCCGAGGCUGCGACGCAGCAGACUCAAUGCCUGUUGAAGAGAUUAUGACGUGUGAUUGAAUGUUACAACUCACUUUUGUGCACGAUUCUGACUUCUGUGCACUCGCUUCUCGACAUAACUUCGAUGAGACACUAUGCAACUAUUUGAUGUGUGACUGAGUGUAAGUCUAAAGUCAGGGUGAGAUGAACUCGUCGAUGAGGCUACUUAGAAGUUGCACGCUUUCAUGAUAUGGGUUUGCCACUAGAUUGGGGACGUGUCCAGCGCGGUACGUGACAGAAAGCAGUCAAGACGCUCUAGGACUGAUCCAUCAAGAGUGGCUUGACACUGAGGCCACCUGGUUAUCGCGCGCAGAUGCGCGAUCUGGCGCUUUACUCUACAAUGGGACUGCCACGCUAAGCACGUUGCGAGAUGAAACCGUGCUUUUAACUUUAUCUGUGUAUCGAUGAUAUUCUCGAAUGAUUUUUAAUGUUACAACUAGUUUACAACUGCUCUGUCUAAUAAUCUUUAAUUAUUUCUUAAGGGAUUGAAACCCAUGGCCUUGCGAAUAGGCACAUCACUCAAUGAGAGCACUUUACAUGCAGAUAGCCUAAUCUAGAUUUCUAUAUUUUAUGGAGAAUGUCGUGUAUCGGAAAUAAAGAACAUUAUCCUUCUUGCCACAUCCUCCAACUUGGUUUUCGUUUUGUCUUAUAUGGAUAACAAACCUGAUGUGGAUAACAGACCACAUCUCUGCGAAGCAGCGACGUGAGGAAUGAUCAUCUCAAGCAGUAAUUUGACUAUCUCAGAUAUCGACGGGCGACUAUACGAGAUUUCAGCGGAGUGAGGCAGGAGAAUACUUUCGUGAUCUCUUAUUGCAGCCGUUGGAAACGCAGCAAGUACAGAACCAAAUAAAUCUCAGCCCGACUUUAUGAAACAGAUAAGUUGGUCAUCCUCAAAAAAUCAUGAGGCAGCUUCGUACUCAGAAAGUAAGUAGUUAGAAACGUAUUCUAGCUUCUAACUAUGGAACUGCCUCUUUUCCUGAGGAUAAGUACACUUUUUCCUGUCAUAGACUCUACAAGCGGACUGGAUAGCGCGAGGACGACGGCGCCGUCUCCACGAUGAUAAUGUUGGUGUUGGGCACGAGCAAGGCUCAGAUGCAACAAGUGCAGCUGCAGACGAAACUGGAGCAGCUGCUAGGAGAGCACGUGGUGAAAAUGUUAGAGGAAAAGUUGAAGAAGAGAAAGGUUUCCAGGAGACAACGCAGAGGAGGUUAUCAGAAGUAGAUGCACGCAACAAUAGGCAAGAAGAAUACGCAGAUGAAGAUAAAAGGGGAAGAAGACGAGAAGAUAGUGAUAGGCAAGAAGCACCUCGAGUUCAACAAGCCCAUGGAUUAGCGGAGCAGCAGAAGCGGCGGACAGGGAUGGGGGAAACUGGAACAGCUGGUGGUCCGCCAGUCAUGAGGACAGCAGAGGAGUCUGACGAGGAGGGCAGUUGGCUUUCUGAAGACGAGGAAGUCGCUGCAUCAAGGCUCCGCGAUAUGCUCGCGUUCACGGGAAGCGUAGAGGCUGAACGCAGACAACUGAUGACAACAACGACUUUUACCGCACCGGUCUACGCCAGCUGGGGUCUACCAAAACGGAAAGGGAAUCCGUGGAUCUUCACUUCAGCGGACCAGGCGUUAGCUAGUGCGAAAGGUAUGAUGAUCUGCAAGUAGUUUUCUAGAGAGUUUCUUGAACUUACGAGCCGUAUUGUUAUUUGUCUGUCUUUGUUCUAGAAACGAAUUCGCUCCUUAAUUGUCAUUUGUUCACCUAAUAAUCAAUUGUCAUUUGCUGUUCGCUUUAUGGAGCAACACUAUGCCAGAAAAGUGGUUUUUUAGCGAAAAAACGUACAUCAAAUUCAGGGAUCAGUUGAGCAAUAUUCGUCUCAAAAUGAAAAGUUUCCAUUCUGAGACGAAUAUCGUACAACAAAGCGCUUCGUAUUAUCAUGAUAUCACAGAUGCUCAUGUUUCUCGUCAUGUUGAAUUCCAGGUGCCGACCACGAGUCUUUCAGUGGGAUCGUGCAGAGCUACGACGCGGGCGGCUACCGUGUCGACUGGCACACCGAUUUUCUACAUGAGACUAUGCGAGCAGACAUCGCGCAUUUGCGACGCGCCAGUUGGAUUGACCAGUUUACUCGCGUCGUCGUCUUGAAUUUCAUAGCUUACAAUGCGAAUUUGGAUUUCUUUUAUGGCUUGUGCUUUGUAAAUAAAAAGAGGGAGAGAGUAGACGGAGUUUUCUUUCUGGACUUUUACGUGUGCUGUACAAAUGACCCGGAAAGGAAGAUAUGUUCUCGGUAUGAGUACUUCGAAGAUGUUACUCAACUAGGAGGAGAAAAUCCACGACCCAAACAACAUGUUGACAGAUUUAUAAGCAGCUUCUAAAGUUUUGUUGCCGUACAACUAACUGCGGAAUUUCCUGCCACCCAUGCAGCGCAAAUAACGCAUUCGGUGAUACCGUUUCGGCCGAAUGUGAUGGAGACUGAAAAAGAGAAAACACUUCUGUGGCCACUCGACCUGACCCGGCUUCUAGUUCUGUUUCUCUUUCUUUGCGCUGUCGUUUGGCCGAAGUAUCUAUUCGCUCCGGCCCUUGACGCAGAAGGCGAUGAUUAUGAAUCGCUGUAUACAGAACAAGUCGUGAUAAUUAAGAUCAUGAUUUUGAUUGCGCCUCGAGACGAAAGCUCGAAUGAGCAUGAGCAGUGUACUUAUGACUAUGCCUCUUCUAACACUUGCUGAGCAUGGUAGGGAAGCUGCAGGGCUAUUUCCUGACAGUUUCGGGACUGUUGGAUUUAGCAGCGUUGAUUCUACUUCUGGUGCAUUUCCUAUUGACGUACGUUUCCUUUGGCCUGGCGUCAACGCUCACAGACACGUCUGCGACGGCGAGUGGCAGCGCAAGCACUUCCUCUUCCGUUUCGAGUAGCAGUGCAAGCACCAGCUCACGGACCACGACCACGACCGCUAGUGCGACGACGAGCGUUACGAGUACGACCACAGCAGCUCUUUCAAGUGCGGGUAGUGCAGCCACGGAAGAAAACUCGCAAGACGCAAUCCUAGAUCAAAUCUUGCGAGGCGAACUGGUCCAUUUUCAGGGCUACGAGACUUUGUCGGGUCUAGAAGGCGCUUUCUGCGCGGUCUUGGUUUUGAGAUUAGGGACAUACGUGACGAUCACGAGACAUGGGGAGAUAGCAGCGCGCGGAGUCAAGAGUGCGGUGACGUUUCUCACACCGUGGAUGCUGCUCCUCUUUCUGCCGCUGGUUCUGAUGCUCGCCUUGUCCUUUCACUCGAACUUUGGAAGCCACUACCGCGUUUUUAGUAGCUAUUGGCGCACAGUGUCGUUCCUCCUGCGCUUCUGGAAGGGCAGGCUUCCCGGCGAAGCGGAGUUCCUCUUUCAUUAUGAGACUAGGACUUCCAUUGAGCUUCUUGUUUUGGGUUGUAGCUCUCGUUCUGUAUCUGCAAUUAUUGACCACACGGACGGGGCUCCAUUGGUUGACGAAUCUUGAUGAUUGUCCCGGUAUGUUAGAACGGUUUAAUCUAGUUCAUCUACUCUGCUAAUGCUCUUUCACCUUGAAGUUUCUUUGAAAAAUUUAAAAGUGCAUGAGAAUUUUGGGAUAACAAAAAGAAGACGGUUCUUCUAAUUCCACCAGAACGCCCGGAGUGUGACGUCAGUGGUGCUGCUGUUCCUGUUCAUUUUCGUGGUGCAAGUGGUGUCGUUCUGCGCGCUAGCUGCGCUGUUGCAUUUCUACUGCUUCCACUUUACCAUUCUGGGUGGCUACAGCUAUCCACACGUGCUGCAACCCGAGGGCGAAACCUAUCAGUGGUCCUACUCUCGUUGGACCGAUUACAUCUUCCCCGCACCCAUCGCGCGCGUGCUGAAGCAAGCUGGCAACGCAGUGCACGACAGUCUCACGAAGAAGCCGGAUGAUGGUGCGGGAAGCAAACCCGGCACAGAGGAUGGCGAAAAAAUGCUGGAUUCAGAAAAAGAGUCGGACGAAAUGUCCGCCAAGAGUGGAGAAAUUAGAAUGUAUGAUGCCACUCAUUGAGAGCGAAGACAUGGGAAUGUCGCUCCUACGUAAGAAGACAAAGGGGGAGCGACAUUCUCCUCCCGACGUUCUCAAUGAGUGGCGGCAUUCAUAGAAUACUACCGGAAGCCCGUGCUUGACAGAUCUGAACGGGGCUCGCUUACACUGGUUCGGAUAUGAUGUAGUUGGUAUUUGUCAUUGAAAUUAAAUCUAAACCAAUGUCAUAAAGACUUGUAAUAGGUAUAGGUCUGACUCAGUUUUUGUCAACACGUGCUUGUUCUUGUUGGACUCUUCCACACAAGUGGUAUAAAUUCAGUAGCUACUUGUGGUGUGCGUGUCUCCUCCCCUGUUUCCACCUAGAAUGUUAUACUUCCUAGUCGUGCAAGAGAGAAUCAAGCGUGAUGUUAACUAUUUUAUAGCGUGUUGUACUAUUUUUAAACAAAGAAAGACACCGCUAGAGAAGCAUUUUUAUGCUGUACUCGUUGCCUCACUUGUCUUUAUGCGUUUUCCACAAUUCACUUGUCAUUUGUUGCCAUAUUGUUUAACCACGAAUUAUGAAUCCUUUUGUUGCUUCAUUUGUCAUUAUGCGUUAGACUACUCUAAAAAAGCUGACCUGUAUAAUUUGUUGCUAAAUAGUACUCAAUAGAGCUGCGAUGCUACACGAUCAUACAGAGUAGAGUAAAAGGUGGAGGGGGUCCCCAUUUUGAAAAAAUGAGAUUAGUAAUGCCUUGCACAGGAUUUCCAGAUGCACGCAUGUUGCGCCCAGUGCAUAGUGGUACGCUGAUCCAUAUAGUUUUGAAUGCACACAACGGAGAACAAGGUGAUGCUGGUGAAUCACGAAUCGAUGUGCAUGAAGAUGCGGUGGAGAAAACAAGUAU